CGUUGAACCUGCCUCAUGAGCACUGAAUAUCAUCUCUGACUCUUCUCCCUUCUUAUCUACAGAGCAAAAACAAAAUACUUCUAGACUUUGUGAAGUUUUUUUUUUUUUUUUUUAAUUUAACCCUCUCCAGUCAAAUAGACCGAAGACCACCUGUUUCUUUUUUUGUGUUGCCCUCAGUGUCUUGGCAGUCUCUCACUCCCCAACACUGUGGAUGAGUGUGAAUCUUUAUCUCCUCCUGGCCUGAAUUUAUCACCUGUGCUGUGAGAAUAGCUUCUGUUGCCUCUUCAUAUCAUCACUGACACGUACUGUUCACCCUAGGAAACACAAACAAAAGUGUUUGAGGAUGGCUCUGAAUGUGCCGGGUCUGGUGGUGAUGGCGGCGUUCUACCUGCUGAUCUUGGGCACGGGCAUCUGGGCGUCCAUGCGCUCCAAGAAGGAGGAGAAAAAAUGCACAGGAGAUGGCAUGGAGAUCACGCUACUGGCUGGACGCAACAUCAACUUGCUAGUCGGCAUCUUCACUCUCACUGCUACAUGGGUGGGUGGAGGCUUCAUCCUUGGCAUAGCUGAGGCAACAUACAACCCAACACUAGGCGCAGUUUGGGCACUCAUGCCUGUGCCUUAUGUCUUGACCUUCUUCUUAGGUGGCUUUUUCUUUGCCAAGCCAAUGAGAGAGAACAAGUACGUGACAAUGAUGGACCCUUUCCAACAGAAGUAUGGGAACGUCCUGAGCAGUGCGCUGAUUUUGCCCGCACUCGUGGCCGAUGUGCUCUGGGUGGCACGCACGCUCGUCAGCCUGGGUGGAACUAUGAGCGUGAUCCUGGACCUGUCCUACGUCUAUUCAAUCAUCAUCUCCUCAGUGGUGGCCAUCAUCUACACACUGCUGGGGGGGCUCUACUCUGUGGCCUACACAGAUGUCAUCCAGCUGAUCCUCAUCUUUGUCAGCCUGUGGGUGUGUGUUCCCUUCCUGUUGACCAACCCUCACUCUGUGGACAUCUCACUGACGGCGUACAACCAGACCUUCCAGGCUCCCUGGGUCGGCACGGUGGAGCUGGACGAAGCCGGGAAAUGGUUCGACGACUUCAUGCUGCUGGCUCUGGGCGGUUUGGCCUACCAGGCGUUCUACCAAAGAAUCCUGUCCGCCUCAUCUUACACCCAGGCUCAAGUGACCUGCUUCGCCUCCUCAGCCUUCUGCCUAGUGCUGGGUAUCCCAUCUGUGCUGAUUGGAGCUGUGGCUGCUUCUACAGAUUGGAACUCUACUAGCUAUGGAUUACCAACCCCUUAUGAGCGCGACCAGGCUGGAUCCAUCCUCCCCAUCGCUCUACAGUACCUCACACCUACCUAUGUCUCCAUCAUUGGCAUCGGUGCUGUAGCUGCUGCUGUCAUGUCCUCCAUGGACUCGGCCCUGCUGUCCUCCGCCUCGCUGUUCUCCUCUAAUAUCUACAAGAACAUAAUCAGGAAGCAGGCGUCGGACCGGGAGAUGCAGUGGGUGAUCCGUAUCUCAGUGGUGGUGGUGGGUCUGGCCGGCACCGCCCUCACCUUCCUGGACAGCAGCGUCCUGGUGUUCUGGCUGGUGGGCGUUGACAUGUCCUACACCAUCAUGUUCCCCCAGCUGGUCUGCAUUCUCUUCUUCAAGGUGUCCAACGGCUAUGGAGCCACCGUCGGCUACAUGAUGGGAAUCAUCAUGAGGAUCCUGAGCGGAGAGCCGCUCAUCAACCUCCCGCCCGCCAUCCAGUUCCCCGGCUGCCGGCUGGACGAGGAGGGAAAACUCACCCAGUUCUUCCCCUUCCGCACCGCCAUCAUGGUCAUCUCGCUCCUGUCCAUCCUGCUCUUCUCGUGGCUCACGUCCAUCAUCUUCAACAAGGGCCUGCUGUCCGAGAAGUGGGACGUGUUUAAGAUCAAACGCAAGCAGAGAUCAACGGCCACAGCGGCAGACGUCAAGAGGACCAAUGAAGAAGCCUCCCAGGCCAAGCAGCUCCUGGACACCACCAGCUGCUAAGGAGGCUACAGAGAGGGGGAGAAGAUGGGCACCGGUUGGAGGCAGACAUAUUUGUUUGCAAGUGUGCAAGAGUUCAUAGAGGGGGAACAGCAGCAGAGGCUGGAUUUGUGUACAGAUUCUGUAUCACAGUGCAUUUAUGGUGACGAUCUGAGCUCUGGCAGGAGCUGCUCAUCGUCGUCUACAGAGACAACAGGUCACCAAAUACGUUCUGUUCACUCCCUUCUGUAUAUCGCCAAAAAAAUACACACAGAACCAGAAUAAAAUGCUUGUGCUGCACUAUGUAUACAUCACUAAUAUGGAGACAAUCCCUCAAAGAACCCAGAGAAACAAUUAAAAUUCCUUUGGAAACAUAAAAAAUUUGAAAUCUGGAAGAUUUCAGGUCAAAGUCAUACAAUUCUUGAGCCAUUAGAUUCUCCUCAAUAAAGAACGGACUUGUGCAUUUGUACAGAUGGUAGAUUAUAUUUUUCCAACCACACUUGAUAAAUUUGGGUUCUUUCCAGUCACAGAGGGGAGUUUAGAGACCACCACACUUGAUGAUAAUCACAGCAGAAAUGGAUUAAUCCCAAAGGAACAAUUUGUAUAGUUUAAAAUUCAAACAUAAUGUGCAAUUAUUUAUCAGAUCUUUCCUUGCUUUUCCUGUAAGAGACAGUACGUCAGAUUGUCAGAAACAAGCCUUGGAGCUACAAGCCUGGGUCACCUUCACUGAUAAUCUUUAAUCAACUCGAUGCGCCUGGCCGGAAACUUGUCGCUGCGCUGCAAACUUCUCUCUCAUCGUGAACCUAUGCAAAAGAUAUGCAGCAAAACAGGGCUUUAUUCCACACCAGAACAAAGAAUUGCUUCCCAAAGAACAAAGAAUGAGUGCACAACUGCACGGUUCCACUUGUGAAAGACAGUUUUUUUGACUGUGAUCUGACUUCCUACUUCCUCUAGUUGAUCGGCUGCCUUGACUACAGCAGCUUCUCAUCUUUCUAGUUAGUUUUUAACUUCUAAAAAAAUUUGACUUAAAGUGCUUAAUCACCAACGUGCUUUAUUUAAAAUUGAAAAUGUGCAAUUUAUUUUGAUUCCCAAACUGCUUAGCAGUAAGAAAUGCCUGAGAGGAGUUUCUUUUUUUUUGUAAAAGUGAAUCUGUAUGCAAGGAGAGAACAAUCGUGUGAACAUAUCUAAGACAUGAGGAUUUAUAGUUGCAUGUAAAUUUUCACCUCCGGCUCAGUAAACAGCAAAGUCAGCAUUUUUCUGUUUUUUAACAACAUCAAGUCUGAAAGCAGGCGAAUACAGAGACCUGAAGCAUCUGGCAGAGCUGGUAGCAAUAAUAAAACUCCAAAAACACUCAGAGGAAUGUGACACAGACACUAUUUCAGGCUUUUGAAAUGUCCAGUAUGUUGUAUUUUAUUUAAAUUGACCAGUUCAGUUGUAAAAGCAGCAGCAGGGAGAGACUUAACAGUCAGAUGAAUCCCCUCCGCUGCAUUUCACUCACAUGAUAAAAACCUGAAUGUAGCAGUUUGUCAAAAACUGCACAGAGGUCGCCCAACAUCUUCCUUCCUCCUUCUCCUUAUCCUCCUCACCCAUUCCUCCUCCUCGUUUCUUCCUUCUCCAUCCGUCAGUGUGACACAUGUGCCUUUCAGUUUGCUCAUUUAUUAUAUUGUACUGUAUAGUUGUUGUUUAUACUGAAUGCAGAGCUGUAGUUUACAGUGGGAUCAUUUUAUUCCUCUGAGGUGGUGAAAACCUUUGCAGCUAAGUAACAGUACAAAUUCUAUACUCCCUUUUUAACGAUCAGACUGUCAAAUGAUACUUUUGUUUAAAAAGUAUGUGUUGUUGUACUGAGCCUACAUAGUAGUGAGUUGUGCAGCAAGAUUCCUGCUAAUGUGUGACAGUCACAAAAGCCUCCUUCCACUACAUUGUUGCCUUUAAUAUCACUGGAAACAGGUUGUAUUUGCUGGAAAAGGUAAAAUGGGUGUAAACUCUAGUCACUGUUCAAAUACCUCAUGGAGUGGUAUUGUUGGUUUUAAGUAUACAAAACUUUAACCUAUGAUUCUGACUUCUCCUCCAGAGCAUACUGUGUGAAUGUCGACAAGCUGUUUCUCCAAAGAGGACGCAUGCAGGAUGCGACGCGUGCAUCUUUUUAUACGUGUGAUUGUGAUUUCUACCUGUAUUAUACUCUUGUGCUGUAAAGUCUAAUCAGAAUUUGUAUAUUUACACUUUUUAUUUUUUAUCAAAGUUGUUCACUAAGUAGAAGACUUUAUCUCAAGUUAGCAACUUUAAAAAAAAAAAAACACAAAUUCACCUUCACUUUUGCAGAACAUGAAUAUGAAUAUAGAAUUUCACCAUCGAAGAAUCAGAAAAACUUGAUUUGACAAAAGAUAAACUUGGAUUUCACAACCUAAAUAAUAUAAUUUCAACACUUUCUGAGCAGAAAAUUUUUCAUUUCCAAGCUGCGUUAGUCAAACACCACCUGGACAGUUGUGUUAGUUUUAUGUUAUACGAUAGAUAGUGAGUUCUAUAUUGUAUUUUCCCCUUAUAUGUAUUUGGUUUUAUACUGUUAUGCAUGUUGAUUGUCAUUAACUGCGUUUGUAUACUGAACUUUCAUGAAGGCUAUUCUCUCUUGCCACUUGGCAAGGUCCUACUUUGUAACUGAUUAAUGUAAAUCCCCAUGGGGUGAUGUUCUGUCAGAAUAAAGGAUGAAACCAAA